AUGCCUGUCUCCAAACGUGCCCGAAUCGUCCAUGAGUCCAAGACAAGCAAAAAGAACCACAAGGAACAAACCCGACGCUUAUUCGCCAAUAUUCGGGAAUCCGUCGAGAAAUAUGACCAUCUGUUUGUCUUUUCCGUCGAUAACAUGCGCAACACCUAUUUAAAGGAUGUGCGCACAAAAUUCUCCGAUGGCCGACUAUUCUUUGGCAAAACCAAGGUCAUGGCCGUUGCUCUAGGGAAUACUCCCGAGACAGCAUUCGCCGAAAAUCUCAACAAACUGACACCGUUCCUAACCGGCGCCGUUGGAUUGCUGUUCACUUCUCGCUCUCCCGAAGACGUCCUUUCCUAUCUUGAAUCAUUCCGGCCAUCGGAUUUUGCACGCGCUGGCACCGUCAGUACUCGUUCUUUCUCUAUCCCCAAUGGUGUGGUGUAUUCCCGUGCAGGCGAAAUCCCAACAUCAGAGGAUGAGCCUAUCAGCCACACGGUUGAACCGGCACUACGCAAACUUGGGGUUCCCACAAGACUUGUGAAGGGGAAAGUUGUGUUGGAAUUGGUUGGCGGUGAAACAGAGUACGUUGUGUGCAAAGAAGGGGAGACGUUAGACUCGAGACAAACCACAUUGCUCAAGAUGUUUGGAGUUGCUACCUCCGAAUUCCACAUCGAUAUCAAGGCUCAAUGGGACCGAAAAACAAGCGAAGUCAAGAUUCUAGAAAAGUCUGAAGGGGCAAUGGAUGUUGAAUAA